AUGUGGGAUGAACUCGAGAAUUAUCGACCUGUAUCAGCUUGUUCUUGUGCCAUACUGUGUUCUUGUGGUGCCAUCGAUUCAAUUAGAAAAGAUAGAGACCAAGACUAUGUUAUCAAGUUUCUUAAGGGUUUGAAUGAGAAGUUUACACAUUUCAAAUCUCAAAUAAUGAUGAUACAACCCCUUCCUACCAUUGACAAGGAAUUUUCAUUGGUGAUUCAACAAGAAAGAGAGAUAAAUUAUGCAGGGUCCUCUAUUGUCACUCCUAUUGCUUCAGCAAACGAAGAAGUGACUGCAUUUCAGCUUCAUAGUUCUUCUUCGCGACACGCUAAUGGCAAGACUGGUCAGACUUUCAAAGGCAAGCCACAAGGUGGAGCUCGAGGAUACAACCAUGUAUGCACUCAUUGUGGGAGAAAUAAUCAUACAUUUGAGACUUGUUUCCUCAUACAUGGCUAUCCACCUGGCUUCAAACGUAAAGGUAAAUCCCAAAAAUCCAAUGCUUCAAAUCAGUCUAUUAUUGCAUCUAUUCAUGUAGGGUCAGAUGAAUCCAAACCAAGUUUUGGUUUUACACAAGAACAAUACAACAACAUUUUGUCCUUAAUUCAACAGUCUCAGCCCACACCUCAAGCCAAUUCCAUAUCCUCAUCCCCUUUUAGCCUAACAGCUCAUGCUUACAAUGAUCAUGGUAAGAACCCUAAUCUAUGGAUAUUUGAUAUUGGUGAAAUAGAUCAUAUUUCAUAUGAUUUAGCCUAUUUUGAAUCAUACAAAGACAUGAUUCAUGUCCAUGUUAGUUUACCAGAUGGUUCUCAAAUAGUUGCUUCUAUGUAUGGUAGCAUAGUUUUAUCUCCCACCCUUAAUCUUCAUAGUGUAUUGUAG